AGCUAACUGAUGAUCCAGAAAGAUUUCUAUAUUAUGAGGUAAUCGGGAAGUGUUUUCCGACUGCAGUUUUCCACCAUAGUCUUAAGUAGGCAGUUUGAAGGACAUCUAAAUUAAUGUUUGUUAAGAAAUUUGUGAAUUGAAGAGAGUAAGAAGUAUGUGUAUUUUAGGUAAGUUACUGGGAAUUCAGACUUAUUGGUUUGGAAAUUUGAGAGUAGAAAGGAGAGAGCUGUUUAAUGUAUUUGUGAAUGGGGGUGUGAAAGGUAUAUAAUAGUCUGGAGGUAAAGUGGAAGGAAUUUUUACUGGAGGUAGGAAAAGGUAUUAAGAUGGAAUCUAAAUGAGAGUUGUUUGUUAAGGACAAUGAAGUUGAUCUCCACUAAGGAACUUUCAAUAAUGCCAGAGGAAGUGGGUCCCUCACUGGUUAUGAGAAAACUUUUACUCCAGCCAAGAGUUAUGAUGAUACAUUAUACAAAUCUGUCUUCUGUGUAGGAUAUUUGCUUUUCUGGGACAAAUUAAGUAGCACAGUUGUGGGGUGGCAGACUUUCUAGUCAAGGCAAGUUGGUGCUGGAGCCUUAUUUUGAGAAAAAGAAAAGAAAAUUUCAAACUUUUCAGUUAUCCUUUUUAAACUAUCAGAAAUAUUUAUCAUGCAUACUGUCGAUUUUCUUGGGCUCAUGUUGCAACGUAGUUUACCUUUAGCUUUCAAAAUAGUCCUUAGAUUGGCAGUCCACAAAGACUCAUAUUAUUCCUUGCUUUUAUAUAACUUUGAGACUUUUGUCCACAUAAUUUUCUUAGAAAACAAUAAAUCAGGUAAAAACACCAAAUUACAGUUUGGGGUUGCUUUUCUCUUUCUUUUACAUUUGCAAUCCUGGCACCUAUUUAACUUUGUGGACGUUACGAAGCCCUCAAUAAUGCUAUAUUUCUGAAAUUAGACAACAUGCCCCCCAAAAUCACAUUUCUGUUUGUUUUCCCACUUAACUUUUACUUUAAAAUUGUAGCAUUCCCAAGAGUCUGUGGUGGCAGAUGUUAAUAAUAUGAUUUGGUACAUCUUGGAGGCUUUUAUUUCCUUUAUAGGAUGAGCUUACAAUGUUUAGAUUUCUGUUCUCAUUAUCUCAAUGAUGUUUUAAAUUAUUUACACUAAAUAAUUGUUAUAGUAUUUGUUUUUAAAGUUACAUAAGUAUAUUUGGAUUCAAGUGUAUUUGGAUUAGCUCUUUGUUGUCAAAUUUUGUAUGGAUUUAUUCCUGAUGAUUUUGACAGAUUACUUUCGAAUUUCAUUUCACUCACUUCACAUCUCUAUAUGUUAGUGAUAAAAAUCUCUUUAAAAAUAGCUUUAAAAAAAGAGGUUCUGAUUUGUACUUGGAAGGUAAUUUUUCUUUCUUAAUGUCAAGUUCAUUAACAAUAGGAUUAUUUUCAUUAUAGAUUAUCUUUUAGAGUUGGAAUUUAGUAUAAUUUUCGCAUUUUAUUGUGUCAGAUUUUAAAUUAUAAUACAGUUACAUGCUAUAACUUGUUUAAGUCAGUGCAGAGCCUUCUUAAAUAGCCCCUCCCUUAGAAAUCAUUUAAUAAGUGAAUCCCCAAACCUGUGUCAAGAACUAGUGAUUUAAAUGACUGUGAGACAAGUCUUUGAAAGGCUUCCUUAAUUAAGUCUAGUCAGUGGAGAUAAAUAAUAGCCCGUUUCCAUGCUGCAUUCAGUUGUUAGGGUUUAUAAAGUUGUCAAUAUGUAAAAGUGCAAAAGCAGGAAAAAGACUGUAUAAAGUUAACUGUACAAUUUCUAGUUUUCAUUAUUUGCACUAUUUAUCUUUGCACUUGAUUUUUUGAAAGUUAAGACUAGUCACUUUCACUUUUGUUUCUAGUCUUUUCUAAUUUCUUGCAGAAUUAUGUUUUCAAUAUCCCACCCAAAGCAAAACUUAUAUGCAAUUAAAUAUGCUUUUUAAGGCCAAUAAAAUAUUUCUUAGUGUUAGCUGUAUAAAACAAAAAUUUGUUUUGAUAAAAUUUUUAAUAUGGAUCUUUAUUUGCCAAUAAAAUCCUUUGUAAAUGUGAGCUUUAUUAAACUGUUUAAAUAGACAAAGCUUAGGAUAGGAAAUAUAUGUGUGUGUAUCUGAAAUGAUGUCUUUGAGAUCCAGCUUCCAGCCUGAGAGGGCCUGGUUUUGGUAUGUUGGUCUGUUUUCACUGAAGUCAAUGAGAUCUGAAUCUAGCUGGGUACAUGCUUUAAAAGCUGGAAGUGAAAUGGCAGGUAGCAACUCCCUCUUUUCAUGUAGUUUUCCUUAAUGUUCAUAUAGCUUCCUCAUGGUUUAUGUGAGAUAACUGGUAUUGAAAUAAUUAUAUAAAAUGAAUAUUCCCUUUUGGAAUUGAGGGUUGAAUCACUUUUUGAGGGGGAAGGGUAGCAAGGGGUAAGAGACUUUAUUUUAACCAGACACAGUCUUAUGACCUCAAAUAUGUGCUCUAGAAAGAAAAGAAUAAAAAGUAUACCUAUGAACAUAUUUUUUGUCUUAGUGAGAUAGUGUAACACAGUGAGUGCUCAGAAUUGCAAAAAAAAUAUUUUUAAUUGACAGUUUUAUCAAUGAAACAGAGGGAUGUGUUUUUGACUAAAGUUAUUUUUUAUAAGUUAUUUAAUUGUUUCAUUUUAUAUUCCCUUUCUCAUAGCUUUUUAUGCACUUCAUACUUAAAACCAAGUGAGAGCCCUCUUUUCAGAUCUGGUUUAUUUUUGGAAUGCCUCAGUGUGUUUCUGGAUGGGGGAGUUGUGUUUUAAUUCUUGACAUGCUCUUCUCAGCGUGUUUUGCUAGUCCUUCUGGAUCUUAUUUUGCAAAUUCUGUUGAAAAUUCAAUGAUAUAUUUGAAAUGAGAAAGUCCACUAUGACAUAGUAAGAAUGUUUGUGGCAGAUUCUAUUGUGGAAACUUGUGGCUUUGUUUUUACUUUGGGUAGAAAGUUUAACUUCCAUUGUUUGGAUUUUAUGUUUAUCUAGUAGAAUUGUGCCAGGUAGUUGUCUAAAUAUGGACCAAUUUUGGGAAAUGAAGGUUAAUGUGUAUUUGACUCCUUUACUCAAAAUCAUAAGUUAAAGGCUCACAUCAUUAGAGUUAUCUAAGUUUUAUGUUGUCAAGUCUUUAAAUGUGGAUGAUGUUCAGCAUUAUAUCUAUGAAUUUCCUUUAGGAAAAGAGAAAAUUUUAAUCUCCAAACCUUUUAUUGGAGACUAAAUUUACCACAUAUGGAAAAUGAAAACAUUUUAGAAAGUGGUUUUGACUAUUUUUUAAUGGGGUUUAACCAGCUGAAUUAGUUACUUUUCCUAGUUUGAAGUACUUCUUUCUCAAAUGUGAAUAAAAGAAAAGAUCAGCAAUUUGACCCUUUUUUGAGCCCAUUUUUUGUCUUCUUCCCCCAUUUCCCAAUCCUGGUAUAAAAUGAAUUACGGGUAUCCCUCUAAGUUCCUGUAACCCUUUUUGGGGGGUUACAGAUAACUUUGAUAAUCUGAUGAAAGUGUGAUGGACCCUAUUCCCUAAGGGAAAAAUGCACAUAAUUUUGCAUACAACCUCAGGGACGUCACACAUCUUUUGAAACCCAAGUUAAGGAUCUCUGCUCUAAGUAAACUUUGUUGAGACUAUUUUAAUGCAAAUCGUUAUUAAAAUUAGAAACUAUUGGCUUAAAACAUUUCAGAUUGGAAUUAUUGUUAGAUGGUGGCCCCUACUAGUACAAUGUGACAUUGCAACCAGCUUUGACAUAUAACAUCCAGAGAGAAGGAAAAAAGUAGCAAAGUUCUGAGAGCUAUUUAUAAGGAGUCAGGGCAUCUCUAGACAUGGAAGCCAUUCCUGGUUCAAGGCAGGGGUCAGGGUGCCUGACACUUCUAGCAGGGUAGAGUUUGAUAAACUACAAUGCUCAGGAUGCCAAGGGGUUAGUCAUUACCUUAACCCCUUACUCACCAAAAGAUUUUAGUUUUGUCUAUUGGGAAACAAGAUGUCACUAGAGAAAAAAAGAUUUGCCUUAUGACUUUGCUGGAACACAUCAGUUUGGUGACGUUGGGACACUAGUGUUAUUUUUGAGAAGGUGCAUAAAACCAAAGUAAAUUAUUAUCUAUGUAGAACAUUAUUUACUAGUAAUAUUUGUUUGGGUGUAUUAGCUUUGACAAUUUUUACCAGUAAAUAUUGGUUUUAUUUAAAACUGGGAAUCCAGUUUUUAUAUAUGAUAGUUGAUAUAUCUAUUCUUUUCCCCCAUGUAAAGAAUAGUUUAAAGAUUUAUGCAUACUUUUUACUUUUCUCUCUUAAUGCCAUGGGGUGGGGUGGGUAGGUGGGGGGAAGAUCUUUGAGUCAACAACUGACAAAAUGUCUUGUUCAAAUUUAAAAAUUGAGAAGCAGCACUUUAAGUCUAACUCUACACAAUUUUACUGCAUGUAUUAGUUUUAAUAAUGAUUUUUGGUGCAUGCCUUUGGGCUUAUUCAAAAGUGUACAAUAGGAAAGUAUAUUUCCUUUCUUAGAAAGGAGAUGUUUUUCUACUUUGCAACAUGUGAUUACAAAAAUCUUCCUCUGUGGGAAGAUUGACCAUGUAUUGAACUACUGAAAAGUAUAUAUUUUUAGAUAUACAGAAGGAAUCUACAUGGAGCAGCAUUCAGACCUAUAUAGAAGUCAUAGCAUUCUGUAUAGGACCAAAAAGGAAGUAACAUAAAACACUUAAACAGACUUUGUUGGGUAGAAAUACCUUUAGAUCUUGCAUUGACUUCAAAAAAAAAAAAAAUGCCACAGAAGUUUGCUGAAAACUUUUGUUGUUUGAAUUUUCUCUGUCAGUGUAUUUAGCCCAAAUACAACAGCUUUGGGUUAGCACAUACGUAAGAAUCAAAAAAACAAAGCUAACUAAAUAGAUCAGUCUGGUUUGCCAAUCCGGCUUGACUGAAAUAAGUAAACUAAUCACUUGCAACAUGAAAAACUGUCCAACUCCUCUAAGGUUUUGACAAAAUAACCUUGGCUGAUGUGGGAAGACUCCCACUUUGAUUUCUGACCUGACAGUGAAGAUUCAUGCUUGACAUGAUUUCAAACCUGACAGUGUCUGUUUAAGGAGCUAUGGUACAGUUUGCUAAUUCAAUCCCAGAUACCUGUUGAUUACCUGUGAGAUCUAGAGUCCAAAGUAGCCAGCAGUCGUAUCCCUGAGUGCUCUGUGCCCAUCAGAUAUCUUAAAGUAAGCAGGGUUGGGACAGGUCACAACUCGGAUGAUUGACCUCAGGUGCUGUAGACAGCCCCAGAUUCAAGAAUUGUAUCUGCUUCCUUGGGAGUCGUCACUGAACUAAUGUCCCACCCUGUGUUACUUACUGUAGAUGCUCUCUCUUAGAGGAGGCCCAGAGCACACAUCCUAAUCGCUUGUGGUACUCAGAGAGGGGGUGCUAACUCUGAUGCCCUGGCCAAAUUCCAGUUUAGGGAUGUGGGUCUUCUUGUCAUUCUGAUUGGAAAUGUGCAUUACUUCCCAUUUUUCCUAUUGAUCUCAGUGCAAACUACACUAGUCUGUUUCUUUGCCCUGUCCCAAAUCUCUAAGAUGCUGGUGUGUAUUACAUGGGCCAAGUUCAUGCCUUAUCCUAAUCGAAUGCACAAGAGUUGAGGAAUGGGUGAGCUUGGUGUCAGAGUGCCCUGCAGUUGGAGGGUAGACUCUUGUGAUGCUGUGGGGAUGAAAUCGGCCCCUUUUAGCAUAAGUUGGGAAUGUGCACUGGCCGGAGGCUUCCAGCCAUGAGGUGUGAGCUGAAACCAAUUUCUCUUCUUUUCUUACAGCAUGUUGAGAAAAUCUGUUGGGUUUUCAGCAGUCAGGGAAGGCCGGAGUUCUGCUUUAAUCUGGGUAACUGAGGCUGGUUUGAGCAAGACUUUGGUUAAUUAACUGGGUUCUCAGAUGCCACAGACUCCGUGAGAAGUCACCAUUAUUUUCAAUGGUUGUGAUAGAAUUUUCCCCCUAGUAGCCAUUAUUUUAAGAUUAUAUUGCAGAGUUGCUUUAUUUUGAGCUUUUUGUGUAUACACAAUCCCAAACUGGAAGAAAUUUAAAAAAAAAAAAAAAAAAAAAAAAAAGGAAUCCUGCUGUGAAAGGUAUAUAUUGCUCUAGAUUUUUCUUACUGUAAAUAUUGUAAGAUUGUAAUACUGUUGAUAUUUUAUUAACCAACAAAUGUUAAUCUAUGUGAAUUCAGACUUAUUUUAAAUGUGCUUCUUAUUUACUGUGUGUGGUCCCUGUUGCUGACAGUAUUAAGUUAUAUUCUGAUGUAAGAUUAACUUUAUUAAAGAAUGUAAACAUUAAUGUUUCCUUAUGGGAAAACAAAUAAAGUAUAAAGAAGACAAUUCUUUUCAUUGAAAUAUACUGUGUAUUUACACUUGCUAGACCCAGCACCACUUACAAAUUUAGUACACUGUUCAGAAUUUUAGUUAACACAGCUGACAUGGUUGUGCUCUGUUUGAAAGUCUAAGAGUAGGUAUUGUUGGAAUAUACAGUUUGUAUUUGUCUGCUGUGAAUCAUAAUCCUGAAAUUUCUAAUCAAGUUUGUAAAAUUUUUAUAGUAAAACAUUUUAAUGACAAUUUAAAAAAUUUAUCUUCUCUUUAAAAAUGGUCAAAACUCUAUCCUUUCAGAAAUAGAAUUGUUCUUUAAUAUCUUUCCAAAAUGACUUUGGUUAAAUGGACCAGAUGUAUAUUAGUUAAAAUUUAGGACUAAGUUGUUGAUAUUCUUUGAGUUUACAAGUUAAUCCUUAUUGGAGAUGUGCCAAUAUACAGUAGAAUAUCAUUAAUUUGCACUGUUUGGGGACCCCAUUUAAGAAUGCUGAAUUUUGCCAACUAAGAAGUAUGCAAAUGCAAUUUAAAAAGUAAAUUUGAGCAUUCUGUAUUAAAUAUGUGCAGUUAUUAUCACAUGAAGAAGCGCAGUGUGUCGGGCUGUAAUAUAACCAUAUUUGCUGUCAUGUUCUCCCAUCUCAGUGCUGGGAACUCACCAUGUGGAAACCAAGCAAACGUGUUGUGCAUCAGCCGGCUUGAGUUUGUUCAAUAUCAAAGCUGAAAACUAGCGAGGUCUGCUGUACUGCUUAUUGAAGUAUUGUGAUUCUUUUAGGCAUUGAUUCUUACAAAAUAUAUACUGUAACAGUAUACUUUGUACAGAUUUAAAUUUUAUUUGAAAAAAUGAAAUAAAGUAGGCAAAAAAAUAAAGAUGUUUAUUUUUCAUGUGAA